UCCAGAUUCAGUCUCCCAUUUGAUGUCGGGAUGAGCAAACAUAUAAUUCUCGUACCGGUGAGACUUCGGUCACGUGUUAUUGCGUAGACGUCAAAAUGACAAUAGGGACUCGUUCUAGUGCCAUAUGGAUCUUUGGUUUUUUGACGGUUUUGUGGUGCGGUGACAGUGUGUCGGCACAAGAUUUAAUGUGCUGUUUGCAUGCUACAGGAUCAUGCAGAAAUGUCUGCGAAAAGAUUUCGUUAGUGGAUUUAGCAGCCAAUAGUGGAUUAAGAAAUCAAACUACCCAAGAAGUACAAAAAUACUGCUCCUCUCAAUUGACGACGUUUUGGGAGUGUCUCAACGCUACAUUUCGAGACAUAUCCAAGGGAGAAAACUGGUCUGGCAGAUACUGUUGCCAAGUUCCAAACAGCGAAAGUUGUCGAAGGGCCUGUAUAACAGCCACCUCACCCUACGAUUUGGCCCAAGGAUGUCGUCAGAGCGACGAAAUUGCCUUCUUCAGCUGUCUAGACCGCCAGAGAGAGGGGGAUAGCUGUUGCUCUAAUGCAAGAACAGAUGAUUGCAGAGAUGCUUGCUUGGAUAUAUUUAGGAGCAGGCUGAGUCCCAGCAAUUACCAACGACAAAGAGUCAAAGAUAUAUGUGAUACCACUAGUCCCGAUGUCAGCUCAUGCAUCAAAGAUUUCGUACAAGUUACGCCAAUCAAUCCCAAAAGACUAAGCCAUUGCUGUGAUAUGUCCAACAAAAGUAAAUGUAGAGAAACGUGCAAAAGAAUCUUAUCUACCACUGAAAAUACUCUACAAUCUUUAUUAGAUGAUCUGGAAGUUGGAGGGUGUGGACCAUUUUUACUACAGGAUUUCUUCUGGCAAUGCUUCUUCCAAUCACCAGAAACUCCAACGACCUCAGUGGGAGGAUCUAUAAUUUCUCGAGUUGGAAUAGAUAGCGCCAAAUGGCAUUGCUGUCAGAGAGCAAACAACCCUCAAUGCCAAAGGCUGUGUUCCAAAACGUUCAGUAAAUCAUGGAUCACGUACUGGAAAGAUUUCCAGAUGAAAUGCUUGAAUCAAUCUUCAGAGGAGAAUUUGAGGAACUGCAUUGACGAAGUUGACGAACCCUGUGAACUAGGCUGCGACGGCCUGAGUUUCUGCACAAACUUCAACAACCGACCAACUCAGCUCUUUCGAUCCUGCACAACCCAAGCAGACGACGCUGCAAGAAACGACGUGAGUUACUGGCAAACCGGAAACAGGUUCUCCCUCUUCGGCAUGAGUCUCCCGUUGAAAAACACCACCAACUGCACUCCAAACCUCUGGCAAACCGUUGCUUGCACUCUAGAAAUCAAGCCGUGUUCACGCCACACACAUUCUACCCAAAUCUGCCGACAGGACUGCUUGGACAUCUUAUCCCAAUGCGUGGACUGGGGUGAGAUGGAAGCUGAACACUCUGCGGACACCAUCUGUUCCAGUAUAUCACCGCAAGAUCCCACAGCUUCAUGCAUCAGUUUGGAGCAGUUCACAACACCUCUGGAGAAUGUCCCUCAGAGAAUAGCUGCCCAGGUGUCUUCACCGUGUAAGGGAAGCCCUUGUGAGGCCAACGAAGUCUGUGUUGUCGAUCACAGUUGCGUUCAUGGUACUCGUUGUUCACCAUACACCUGCGAACCGGGUUGCAAGCUUGGAAACGUGAGUGAGUACAUGGUACCCCAUGGUACCUACGUUAGGAUCCCUAUACCUAACAAUCCGAGAGGUUGUCUGAAGAUAUGCAAGUGCAACAAGGGUAGAAUCGAAGAAUGCCAACCUUUAAUUUGUAUCCCUUUGUCACCUUGCGCUCUGGGAAAUACCCAACAAUCUCACGGAUCUUCAUUCGAUGUUGAGUGCAACCAUUGCAGUUGUUAUGCUGAAGAAGUUAUAUGCAGUAAGAAGCAAUGUGAGACGAGUGCUUUGAGUGGCAGGAAUACUGCGUAUACUACGUUACCGUGCAAUUGUCCACCUCAUUUCAUUCCUGUUUGUGGUAGCAAUGGUAAUUCAUAUCCAUCAGCUUGCUUAGCGAAAUGUGCGAUGCUCAGUGAUUCUAACAUUGAUCUUCAACCAUGGCAAGACCCCUGUAAAACUCAGAAAUGCCCAAUUGGUUACAAAUGUGUACCUGAUCCAAAAGUAUGCCUUUCACUUAUGCACAAGCCUUGUACGCAAUAUAUAUGUGUGAACGGCUCCACCAAUUGUAGAAAUCUCCCAGAGGAUCCAGUAUGCGACACCGAGAAUCGGCAAUAUCCAAAUUCUUGCUUCCUUGCCCAUAACAACGCUAGAUUCUCCUACAAAGGACCUUGCCUCAAGAACUGUCAAAACAACGGACAAGUCUGCGGCAUUAACGGUCGAACCUACUCAUCAGAGUGCGCUGCCUUUGCUGACAUGGUUUCUGUGGACUACCUAGGACCCUGUGUUGCUGUUGGACUCAUAACCGAAACAAAAAGUCCAAGUUGUCCUAACGUUAUAUGCAAAGAACUAUCAAACCCUAAUUGUUUAGGGAUAACACCACCUGGAGCUUGCUGUCCUAUUUGUGGAGGUGCAUUGAGGCUAUUAUAUUCGAGGAAACAGAUAGACCGAGCUCUCUACGCCCUUCAGAACGAAAGUACUGACUCUUUGACUCUUAGAGCUCUUCUUAAGUCACUCGAGAGGCAGAUUCAAGUAGUCCAGUGUACAUUACGUGGUUACCUGACAGUGGAACUGGAUGUUUUCGUUUCUGUUCAAUCGACAGAGAGAAACCCUACUGAUAUACAGCUUGAAGCUUGCAUAAGAGAGGCUGAGAAGUUGGCCAGCCUGAUAAACCUGCAGAGUCCCAGAAUAGCUAGUGAACUGAGUCUCAGUUCUUUAACUUCAGCGAAGAUCGUUCAUACGUUUGAUACUUCUGGAGCUUCUUCUGACUCUUGUACAUCCACGUUAACAAUUCUGAUGGUUUCAAUUGCUAUUGUUUUAUUUCACAGGUGAAGUUCUGAGUUUAUUUUCGUCAUUAUGACAAGGUUGUACCUGCAAGUCUGAAUUCAUUAUUGUUAACUGUUUUUGAGAAAUUUUAUUCCGCAAGUGUUAGAUUUCAGCUGCAAAAGAAUGAGUCUAUUAAAUAUAUGUAUGUAAAUAAAUAGCAGGAGAGGCUGUCUGAAAAA